GGUUGGAUUAUCGAAGGCCUCCCUGACACCCGGGAACUUGCGCGGAGCUUGCAGGCAGUGGGGAUCAUUCCACGGCAUGUUGUCGUGUUUUAUGCUCCGGACUCUGUGUUGAUCGAGAGGAAUCUUGGGAAAAGAGUAGACUGUGUUACUGGAGAAGUCUACCAUACCACAUUUGACUGGCCUAUGGAUGAGACUGUGCAGAUGCAUCUGGUAGUUCCUGAAGGCAUCUCUGAGGAAGAAACGGCCAGGCGGCUGGUGGAAUACCAUCAGAACUAUUACGGGAUUCUGCAGUCCUUUGGGAAGUCUAUGAAGCUGAUCAAUGCUGACCAGCCCUGCACGGAUGCCCUUGCACAGG